CAUUGUUCAUGUGCUUCUGUUAUGGUUCACCUCGGUGAUGUGCACAUGCGUAGUCAGGAAAAGCGUUUGUUAUUAUUGUAAAUUUAACGUUGAGUUACAGAAUUUAGGCAUGCUAUAUAAAGGGCUGAUUUUUUAAACCUUUCAGUGCUUUUUCGGAGAAAUACUGGGACGCACGCUGGUCGACUGGUUUAAAACCGUUUAUUUUCGUAUUUCAGUUAGUUGGUUAUUUCAUUGUUAUUUCGCUGUUAGUUAUUUUGGUUUUUGUUGUUUUCUUACGAUCAGCUGCUUCAAUUGUCAGUUCUUCUCACUGCGGCCACCAGCCACCAGCCACCAUGGCUAGCAGCAGCUCCUCUGAGCCUCUGAGAGUAAAAGCAGAGCUAUGGAAUGGAAUGAAGACAAUGGUCAACACCUCGUUUUGGGACCUGCUCAAGGUGCUUGUAAUCCUUACCAGCAUUGUGAGCGUGAGCAUGUACAGCCCCAUCGGUGAGGAGCCCCAGCACCUGAGGUUCAUCAACCUCGGCUGCAUCUGCUUCUUCAUUUUUGACAUGUUCCUGAAGAUGGCGUCGCUGGGCAUCUGCAGGGAGCGGGGUCACCUUCGUAGCAUCUGGAACCGGGUGGAGUUAUUUGUCCUGAUUUUUGAGAUCGUGGACUGCCUCCUUUUCUGGUCCCAGAUGCACUUGAGGAUCAGCUACCCACUGAAGGUGGUCAGACUGAUUAUCAGAGUGAGGGAACUGCGAAGGUGGAUCAAGACUGUGGUGAAAAUCAUACCCAUCAUAGCAGAGUACAUUCUCAUGUACCUGUCUAUGGUGUACAUCUUCGGCACCAUGGGGGUCCAGCUGUGGGCCGGCGACCUCCACCAUCGGUGCUACACGAGCGGCCUGGACCUUGCGUUGAAGCUGAACAUGAGCGAGUACUAUCAGUCCUCUCCUGAUGAGUUCUCUGAGUUCCUCUGCUCGCCGAACCCCGACGGGAUACGCCAGUGCAAGGACAUUCCUCCGCUGCGCCAGAAUGGACAGACCUGCAUGUUGGCCCCGCCCAGUGCAAACUGGUCAUCUGCACUACUGGCCAACAGCAGCGCCUUGACCAAUUCAACAGCCUGCAUCAACUGGAAUGUCCUGUACAACGCGUGUCUUCCGCUGGGCCCAAAUCCGGGGUUUGGGGGCAUCAGCUUUGACAACGUUGGAUAUGGGAUGCUCACCGUGUACCAGGUCACCACACUGGAAGGAUGGACAACCAUCAUGAACUAUGUGAUGGACGUCUCCUUCGGGGCCAGCUUUUUGAUUUUCUUCAUCCUCGUUGGUAGCGUCUCCUUCCUCGCCAUCAACACGUUCCAGGUGAUCGUCGCCAUUCACUUUGUGAAGGCUGACGAUGAUGAUGAACCUGAACGUGAGAGGGGCUUCUUUGUGGACGGCUUGGACCUGCUGUACAGGAUGAAGCUGUACUUGUGGGAGCAUCGCUGCGUCAGAUUGUCCACGGAGAGCGACCGCUGGUGGAGCAGCCAGAGCCGCUCACGUUCGUUUGACGCCCAGUCCCCGACCAUGGAGAAGAUUGAGCGUUUCCUCAACAGCGACUUGUUGGGGUGGAUCCAAACGCUCACCAUCCUCGCCAACCUCAUCGCCAUGUCCAUUGAGCAUUACGGCCAGCCCGAGGCUCUGACUACAGCCCUGGACACGUGCAACUGCGUGUUCAUCGGGAUGUACUCAGCGGAGUUGGUGGUGAAUGUCCUCCUGUACAGGAUCGAGUACUUCACCGAUUGGGAGAAUGUCGUGGACCUCGCCAUCAUCAUCAUCGGCAUCGUGGAAAUCGUGUGGCAAACCGAGACCAGACUCUACGUCCUCCGUGCGUUCCGCGCCACUCGGAUCAGCAUGCUGUCCAACUUCUCUCCUAAGCUGAAGAGGCAGUGGGAGAUCCUGAAGCGAUCCAUCAGGCAGUCGCUGCAUCUCUCCAUGAUGUUUUUUUUCAUAGUCUACAUCUUCAGCAUGUGGGGCAUGACGUUGUUCAGCAGCGAGAACUUUCCACCGCGGGAGGUCAGAGGACUCUUUCAUCCCCAGGCCAGCUUUGACUCGCUGUGGUGGUCCAUGCUCACCGUCUUCCAGAUCAUCACCGGGGACAGCUGGAACGUGAUAAUGUACAGUGCGAUGCUAUACAACUCUCCAUACAUCGCACUGUACUUUAUCACCGUCAUAACCAUUGGGAAGGACCUCCUCCUAAGCUUCCUGGUGGGCAUGGUCAUGCUACGCUUUGACCGUACGACAUCAUCAUCUGUAGAGACCGACUCCUCCAGGUCCGAGUCUCGGUCGGACCCUUUGUCGGCCUCUUCAGGGCCACCAACUGGCUCGCCGUCUGGACCUACCCCCCAGUCCAACGGAAGUAACGGCAGCUGGCCCAGCAUGGUGAGGGUCAACAGAUGCCCAAGCAACGCACUGAGAUGCUCCAGCCAGAGGAGUAGCGCCGGGUUCCAGAGCUGCUCAGAAGAUGGGAGGAGCCCCAUGACCCGGAGCAGCUCAAAGGUCAAGAGGAGCCCCAGGGUCCAGGGCAGCUCCAACGUUUAAGAGGAGCCCCACGACCCGGAGCAGCUCAAGCCAAGAGGAGCUCCAGGGCUCAGAGCAGCUCAGACAUUUAAGAGGAGCCCCAGGGUCCAGGGCAGCUCAGACAUUUAAAGGAGUGCUGGGACCAUUCAGUUAAUUUUCUAGUUUCAAUGUUCAAGUUAACAAAAUGUUUAAAUUUUGGUUAUGAAGCUAAACUGUUGUAAUGCUUUUGCUCAUGGUGUCAAAACUAAAAACUUUGUUUUGUUUGAAAAAGUUGUCAUGUAUAUAGCAACAGUUUGGUGUUUCUGGUUGUUUUGUUUAGAUGUAAUUAAAGGUUUGUAAGUGGCUCAAACAUCAGGGUGUAGCAUCCUCCUUUCCAGAGGCUUGGAGUUAUGCACCGUGUUUCAACAAGGCUGCAACGUCACCACGGAAGAUGAAGAGUCUUGUUUUUGGCCAGAAUCAUGCAGAGAGGACUGGCUGACCCCUUUAGGGCCCCUGAAGAAAAAGCUGCAGACACACUCGGAUCUCCCAGCCUGUGGUCCUUCCAGCAGCAGAGAGCAUCUACUUCAGCUUGUCUUCUCAGCAGAGUGAAGAUCUGAAGUUUAAACAUUUUGCCAUAAAAUGCAGAGACAUUGAAUUAUGACUUAAUAUCUUUAGUAUGUUUAAGUGAUGAGUAAUUAAGACACGUAAAAACAGUAUUUUAAGCUUUAAAAUACACAAUAGAUGCUACUUGAUGUGCCCUCUAGUGGAGGACCUGUGUACUACUGGUGGCUAGUCUGCUAUUAUGCAUUGUUUUGCCUCAGCUUUGAUGAUCUGUUGCUCAGGGAAAAGCUCAUUAAAAAUGUGAAGAAUGGUGAGCCCAAUGUUCUUCACACAAACAUCCACCAAACAUUUACCUCUAAAGCUGCACUUGGUGAAAAUGGAUCAACCCUUUCCAUCCUUAUGGAGGCCCACAAUUUUGUCUCUGGCAUAUUUAGACAUGAGAGAUGGCUGA